AUGUCAGCUUCAGAAGCUGUUGCAUGGACGGCGGUUCUGUCCAGUAGUCUUGUCGUUGAUGUGCUCACUGGCGACGUCACUUCUUCGGUCUUUACACCCGAAUACGCAAAACUGGAACCUUCGACUCAUGCCCGAAUCGAGGCCAUAGCACCGGGAGGCGAUUUCCUUCGACCUUUGAAAACGAGAAAGGGGUUCGAGGCCUCUCUGAUUUCUCUCACAAUUUCUUCAUUGAGUCCUAACACACUUUCCCGCCUCCUUAUCACACUACCCGCACUCAGGAACAGUCCUAUAGUGGUUCAUAUCGCUCUAUCCUCAGCUGGAUCGUUAUCACACGCCCUUAGUCUUCGCUCCUCUGCCCCGUACUUCCUUGUCUCCGGCACUUCGCAGCAAGCGCACGAUCAAUCCAUUCUUGCGUCCAAAUUGGCUCUAUCAGAAAAGCAAGCAGUCAUUCAUGCUUUUUCAAUCAGUGAUUCUUCAGGAGCCAGUCUGAUUAGCGAGACAUCACAUCACUCGCUCCUCUCUGCUCGCGUAGUGCCAGUUCAUACCCAUGUUCAAUCAUCUGCAAAUGGGAACGCACUACCUUUGGCCAAUGGGCAUGUCUAUGCAAAUGGAGAUGCCGGGAGACAUGUGCGACACGAUAGCCUGUCGAUGAAUUUGGACGGUACACCCGAAGCUGCAUUGUACAAUAACUACACCAAUGCAGCACUUUCUACUUCUGUUUUUACGAGACGGGCGCUGAAAAGUUGGGUGUAUGUUGGGCCAUCCCACCCAGAAAUACUCGUCAUUAGUUUAGCCGCACAGAACUCUGUCCAAUCUUCAACCCUUCCCCUUUCUAUGAUCACUGGGGUUCUAUCCCUUAACGUAUUUCGACCCCUUCCGAUUUCAAAUUUGCGCACUGCCAUUCCUUCUUCGACCAAAAGUAUAAUCGUUGUAUCACCAAAUAGGACAAAAAAUAAGCCUCCAACCAGAUGGAGCCCCGUAUACAUAGACAUCGUCCGCGCAGUACAAACCCUAGACGAUAUCAACCCACGACCAUCUGUAGUCGAGGUUGACAGUACAGACCCAUCGUCAUUGCCCAGUGAUGUCCGAGAAUUGUUUGCGCUGACGUUCUCAUCGCCAACUCAGCUUCCAAAGAAGGCUUUUGUGGUGCCAAAGCAUGAGAGCUCUUAUACAUCACUGCUUUCCCACAUCUUUGCGGAUAGAUUAGAACUGGUGAAUGAUCCGACGAUUGUGGGCACAUCUGAAGAUGCCACUCGCCCUGAGUUCGCUCUUGGGAGGGUGAAGGCGAAAUACGACCACCAAACUAGCCUCCGAGAUGCCGUGAAGGGCUUUCUGGAUGCAUCAAAUGGCGUGGAUGAUUUCACAACUGAGUUGCGUACCUUGCUUUCGAAGUGGCUGCUGGCGAAGGACGACGGUGUCAAGACCCGAGAAUUAGGAGACAAAAUUAUGUCUGUACUUCCAGAUUCCUCUUCUUCCAGUUUUUUGCAACGUGUUCUCAGCCUCAAAUCCAGUUUCAAGUUUCCAUCCCGCUGGAUUGUUGGCUCUGACGCUUGGUCUUACGAUUUAGGCGCGUCGGGACUGCACCACCUCAUCACUUCCGGCUUAAACGUUAACAUACUCAUCCUCGACACGCAUCCAUACUCGACACGCUCCGAGAACCCUCACGCACUUCGCAAGAAGGACGCCGGAUUAUAUGCCAUGAACCAUGGCGACGUUUACGUAGCCUCUGUGGCCGUGUACUCCUCCUACGGCCAGACACUUCAAGCCCUAACGGAAGCCGAUGCAUACAACGGGCCGAGUGUCGUUUUGGCGUACCUCCCUUACUCAUCGGAAAAUGAGGCAGCGUUAAAUAUUCUGCGGGAAACGAAGCUGGCCGUUGACUCAGGCUAUUGGCCGCUGUACCGCUGGGAUCCUUCGAAGGAUAUCCCUGGCUCGGAACCAUUCUCGCUUGACUCCGAAGCCAUCAAAGCAGACCUCCGGGAGUUCCUUGAUCGACAGAAUCAUCUUUCUCAACUUACCCUUUCUUCCCAAUCCGCAAACAUUGCCAAGGAAUUCGUUGAGAAUCUUGGUCAGACGCUUCACGAUACCCGAGCAGAAAAAGCAAAGGCGAGCUAUCAAUAUCUUCUUGAAGCUCUGCAGUCCGAUUCAAAGAAGAUAUGGAUUCUCUACGCAAGUGAUGGUGGUGUGGCGGAGAAGAUGGCAAAGAGACUUGGUGUGAGAGCGGGCCAACGAGGCAUUGCGGUUUAUGCCGUCCAGACCAUGGACUCGUUCACCGCUAGUGGUUCACCCAUAAAGAAGAUGAAGGAAGAGGCAACGGAGGGGACUAUUUUCCUGUUCAUAACUAGCACAGCCGGGCAAGGAGAACCUCCUCAGAAUGGAAGAGAGUUCUUCAAAACGCUCAAUGCUGCUGUCACCGCUGCAUCAACGCCAUUCACCGAUUCUAAUUGCGAACUCCGGUUCGCUGUGUUUGGUUUGGGGGACAGCAAGUACUGGCCUCGCCCCGAGGACGCUGGCUUCUAUAACAAGCCCGGGAAGGACCUUGACCUUCGCCUGGAACAACUUGGUGCUGAGCGCAUCGCGGUGCUUGGUUUGGGCGAUGACCAGGGCGCGGAUGGCCCACAGACCGGUUACAAGGUUUGGGAACCUCUUGUGUGGUCGGCCCUCGGCGUGGACGACGUUGACAUCAAAGAGGCAGAGCCUGAGCCAGUAACGAACGAACAUAUCAAGAUUGCGUCCAAUUACCUCCGUGGUACGAUCAAGCAGGGCCUCGAGGACACUACAACAGGGACUCUGGCAGAGUCGGACGGUCAACUGACCAAGUUCCAUGGCAUCUACGUGCAGGAUGAUCGAGACAUUCGCGACGCGCGGAACGAAGCUGGACUGGAACCUGCAUAUGCCUUCAUGAUCAGAGUUCGAAUGCCAGGAGGUGUCUGUAGACCCGACCAAUGGCUUGCUAUGGAUCGCAUUGCUGACGAGCGAGGCAAUGGAACAUUCAAGCUCACGACGAGACAGACCUUCCAGUUCCAUGGAGUCAUCAAGCGUCACUUGAAGCCUGCCAUUCAAGCCAUCAAUAAAUCUUUGUUGGAUACAAUCGCAGCAUGCGGCGAUGUCAACCGGAAUGUUCUAAGUUCCUCUAACCCCAAUCUAUCCCACCUUCAUCAAGAGGCCUACGAAACCGCCAAGACAAUUAGCGAACACUUGCUUCCCAGGACAUCUGCAUACCAUGAGAUAUGGCUUGAUAAGAAGAUGGUUUCAGGUGAUGCAGUGAAAGACUUUGAGCCUAUGUACGGCGAAUUCUAUCUGCCUCGCAAGUUCAAGAUCGCAGUGGCUGUCCCGCCCAACAACGAUGUGGACAUUUUCGCCAACGAUGUUGGCUUCAUUGCUAUCGCAGACAGAAAUGGCAACCUCGAAGGAUUCAACGUCUGUGUCGGUGGUGGCAUGGGUGUCACGCAUUCCAAUACAAAAACAUACCCACGGACGAGCGAUGUCAUCGGCUUCUGUACAACUAACCAGGCGAAACAUGUCGCUGAGAAAGUCAUGUUGGUGCAGAAGGACAAUGGGAACCGAACUGAGCAAGUUGCCAUCCGCAAAAACGCUCGGCUUAAGUAUACCAUCGAUCGGAUGGGUCUGGAUGUUUUCAAAGCUGAUGUGGAGCAACGCCUCGGCUACCAACUUGCUCCAGCUCGCCCCUUCGAGUUCACAGAAAAUGUCGACAAGUUCGGCUGGUCCCAAGGCUUUGAUGGGAAGAACCACUUCACUAUGUUCAUCGAAAACGGCCGCGUACAAGACGAGCCUGGAAAAGCAUUCAAGACUGGGCUUCGCGAAAUCGCGCUGCUUCACAAGGGAAAGUUCCGGCUGACUGCAAACCAGCACCUGAUUUUGGCAGAUAUCGAUGAUCAAGAUGUCCCUCUGAUGAAGUCACUGCUUACGAAGCACAAGCUUGACAAUCUCGACUACUCAGGAUUGCGAUUGUCAUCUUCCGCUUGUGUUGCAUUCCCCACAUGUGGACUUGCAAUGGCCGAAUCGGAACGAUACCUGCCGUUGCUCGUUGAUAAAGUAGAAGCCAUUCUGGAGGAGAAUGGUCUUCGGAAUGACUCAAUUGUCAUGCGGAUGACAGGGUGUCCUAAUGGUUGCGCCCGGCCAUACUUAGCGGAAAUCGCUUUCGUUGGUAAAGCUCCUGGUGCCUACGUUAUGCUUCUCGGCGGGGGGUACUACGGCCAACGAUUGAACAAGAUCUAUCGAGAAAAUGUAACCGAGCCUGAAAUCCUCGCGAUUCUUAAACCGAUGAUCAAACAUUAUGCUCUAGAAAGAUUGGAAGGGGAGCGCUUCGGUGACUUUGUAAUUCGCGCUGGUUACAUUGCACCCACUACUUCAGGAAAGGAAUGGUAUGACCGUAUGGGAGGGGAAGGAGUGUACCGGCUUCUCGAUGAUGCGUGA